AUGGCGCCCCAGAAAACAUCCCUCAUAGCCCUCGGGUGCGAAGGGUCCGCCAACAAGCUCGGCAUCGGCGUCAUGCGGCACACGCCGACGCGCACCGUGAUCCUCGCCAACCUCCGACGCACGUUCGUGCCGCCCCCGGGGGCGGGCUUCCUGCCAAAGGACACGGCGGCGCACCACCGCGCGCACUUUGCCUCGCUGGCGCGGGCGGCGCUCGCGGCGGCGGGCGUCGCCCCCUCCGACGUCGACUGCGUGUGCUUCACGCGGGGGCCCGGCAUGGGCGCGCCGCUGACGGCCGUCGCCGUGGGCGCGCGCGCGCUCUCGCUGCUCUGGGGCGUGCCGCUCGUCGGCGUCAACCACUGCGUCGGCCACAUCGAGAUGGGCCGCCACGUCACGGGCGCCGAGGACCCCGUCGUGCUGUACGUGUCGGGCGGCAACUCGCAGGUCAUCGCCUACGCCGAGCGCCGGUACCGCAUCUUCGGCGAGACGCUCGACAUCGCCGUCGGCAACUGCCUCGACCGCUUCGCCCGCACCCUCGGCAUCAGCAACGACCCCGCCCCCGGAUACAACAUUGAGCAGAUGGCCAGGCGGGGCCGCAGGCUGCUCGACCUGCCCUACACCGUCAAGGGCAUGGACUGCUGCUUCUCGGGCGUCCUGGCCGCCGUCGACGCCCUCGCCGCCGAGCUCAGGGCCCGCGGCCCCGACGGCGCCGGCUUCACCCCCGAGGACCUGUGCUUCAGCCUGCAGGAGACCGUCUUCGCCAUGCUCGUCGAGAUCACCGAGCGCGCAAUGGCCCACGUCGACGCCAGCCAGGUCCUCAUUGUCGGCGGCGUCGGCUGCAACGAGAGGCUGCAGGAGAUGAUGGGCCUCAUGGCCCGCCAGAGGGGCGGCAGCGUCUUCGCCACCGACGAGCGCUUCUGCAUCGACAACGGCAUCAUGAUUGCCCAGGCCGGCUUGUUGGCCUACAAGACGGGCUAUACGACCCCCGUGCCGGAGAGCGUCUGCACACAGAGGUUCAGGACCGACGAGGUCUACGUGGAGUGGAGGGACUGA